AUACUACAUCCAUGGUAACAUUACACCUUGAAAAAUCUAACGGAUUAAGGGUCCAUGCUUUUAUGUUGGAAAAAGAUACCGGAUGUGCUGCUUUUCAUUCUGGCACACUUGACACGUAUCGGUCGGAUAAUUCACUGUCGUCAGGAGAGGAAUGCAGCACUGCUAACCAACUGCAAUUGACAUUCAAAACAUCGCUGUUAUCAGCAUCCCAGUCAGCAAACCAUGGCUGGCUUCAGGCAAGAGGAUGUUGAAUUGUAUUAUGAGAUGGGAGAGGAACUGGGGAGUGGACAGUUUGCUAUUGUCCGGAAGUGUAGGGAGAAGAGCACAAGCUGCGAGUAUGCAGCAAAGUUUAUCAAGAAACGGCGUCUGUCGUCCAGCCGGCGGGGCGUGAGCCGCGAAGAGAUCGAACGCGAGGUCAAUAUACUGCGUGAGAUCCAGCACAGCAACAUCAUCACUCUGCAUGACAUCUUCGAAAACAAGACCGAUGUGAUCCUGAUUCUGGAGUUGGUGUCUGGCGGAGAGCUGUUUGACUUUCUGGCUGAAAAGGAGUCUCUGACUGAGGAAGAGGCCACCCAGUUUCUCAAGCAGAUCCUGGACGGUGUUCAGUACCUCCACUCCAAACGCAUUGCCCACUUUGACCUCAAGCCAGAGAACAUAAUGCUGCUGGAUAAGAACGUCCCCAACCCCAGGAUCAAGCUGAUAGAUUUUGGCAUCGCUCAUCAGAUCAAGGCAGGAAAUGAGUUCAAGAACAUCUUUGGAACGCCAGAGUUUGUUGCACCAGAAAUAGUCAACUAUGAGCCACUUGGACUAGAGGCGGAUAUGUGGAGCAUUGGAGUGAUCACAUACAUUCUGUUGAGUGGUGCCUCACCAUUUUUGGGAGAGACCAAGCAGGAGACCCUGACCAACAUCUCAGCUGUCAACUACGACUUUGAUGAAGAAUAUUUCAGCAAUACCAGCGAGCUGGCCAAAGACUUCAUACGUCGUCUGCUCGUCAAGGAUCCCAAGAAGAGAAUGACUAUUGAUGACAGCCUUGAGCAUCCCUGGAUCAAGGUGAUUAAGAGGCGGAAUGUGCGCCAGGAGGAGAGCGGCCGCAAGCCUGAGCGCCGGCGCCUGAAGACCACUCGUCUGAAGGAGUACACCAUCAAGUCUCACUCCAGCAUGCCGCCCAACAACACUUACAUCAAUUUCGAGCGCUUCUCACAAGUGCUGGAGGAGAUUGCGGCAGCCGAAGAAGGCCUGAGAGAGCUAGAGCACAACCAGCGCUCGUGCCGGGAAGACGUGGCAGCGCUGCUGUCCAUAUACGAAGAGAAAGAGGGCUGGUACAAGGAGGAGAACCAGAGCAUCUCCAGUGAGCUGAGCCACAUCCGCCAGGAGCUGCAGCGCACCCAGGCCCAGCGCAGGCAGAGCCAGGAGGAGGCCCGGGCCACCAUGCUGGCCGCCAACGCCCUCAAGCGCAAGUUUGGGCGUCUGGAAAAUCGUUACGAGGUCCUGGCUGAACAGGUGGCGUCAGAGGUCCGCUGGGUGGAGGAAUUGGUCAAGUCCAUAUCUGCUGAGAAGGACGGCCUCGGCACUGGCAGCAUGCCCUGAGCCUGGCCCCGGUCCCACAAUGACAUUUUCACCCUCAAAUAUCCUCCUGCUCAUUUUUUCUCUGCAUGUGUGCCUCACAGCAGGGAUCGAGUGGGCCAGUCCUCAUCAUAAGCUAUGCUGCUGCCCUCUGGGAAAAAUGGUUCACUCCUUGUAUGUCAUCCUUGAGAGAACAAGCAAGUACAAAAGUCACCCUCUAUUGAAAUAUGAAAACACUCAUUCCAAUGUUUUUUUUUGUUUGUUUUUUUUUAUUUUAAAUAAAUUAAUUUAUAAUCUUAAAGACUCUUAAGUGAUCAUCAUGCAUAGUACUUAUCACAUUGGUGAAUUAUAUUGGCAGUUUGCAGUUGCCGAUAUCUUAUUUUAAAUUAGCCCCAUUUGUUUUCUCCGAGAUUUAUUUACAUUCUGAAUUCAUGGGCCAAUGCUUUAAAAGCCAUAGAUGUUUGCUCAUUUGUUCCUGCCUCAGGCUAGUGGCCAGUUAUGUGAGGCAGUACUCUGCCUCAUAAUAUACAGCGUACAGUGUCAGGGUUGCACAGAAUUCAGGGGUAUUUAUUGCAUGGAAAUCCAAUUACAUGCAUUUCAGAUCUGAUUUUUGGUGACAUAAAGAUGCUCUUAUAUUUUGGGACAGAAAGCCUACCCUAGUGGAUGCAAUAAACAUGAACCAAUAACCUACAGGAAAGAUUUGGAAUGUAUAAGCUCAUCUUUGCAGUGCCUGUAAACUGAAUGACCUUAUUGCCUCUGCAAGCUUUCAUCUGUUAUCACAUCAAUGACAUUUAAGUCACAGUGAUAUUGAUCAAUGUCUUAAAUGCACUAACUUUUGCACAGUAGCUGUGGAAACCAAAUUAUGUGCAUGGAAACUAGAUGUGUCUCAUAAAAAUCAUGAUUCAUGUUUUCAUGACCAUUGUCACACACUUCAAACAUUCCAUCAGUAAGUUUUACAUCUAGGCCACACAUUCCCAUGUAUAUCUUUGAAAGUACAUUGUAUGGUGUAUUUCAGUAGAAAAUUGUACUCAUUUGCACUUAUAGGAUUAUAGCAAUGUGCCAGAUGGUAUUUUAAUCAAUCUCAUAGAUGUAAGUAGGAACUAUACUUUCAACUGAAAAAAAAAGUUUGGAUUUGUUUCAAAUAAACCAACUUAUUAAAGUAA